GCAAGGCGCCGGAGGGCGUGUUGCACUGCGUCUCCGCCGUCAAUGCAAACUAAGUAAGAGGCACCGAGUCCCAGCACAAAACCGCAUUCAAGACAAGAUGGCAGGGUUGCCCCGCAGGAUCAUUAAGGAAACGCAGCGUUUGUUGGCUGAGCCAGUGCCAGGUAUAAAGGCAGAGCCAGAUGAGGGGAAUGCUCGCUACUUCCACGUGGUCAUCGCCGGACCUCAAGACUCCCCCUUUGAGGGAGGAACUUUUAAACUUGAACUCUUUCUUCCUGAAGAAUAUCCCAUGGCAGCUCCGAAAGUACGCUUCAUGACCAAAAUAUAUCACCCCAAUGUAGACAAGCUGGGAAGAAUAUGUCUAGAUAUUUUGAAAGAUAAGUGGUCUCCAGCCUUGCAAAUCCGCACAGUGCUGCUAUCAAUCCAGGCAUUACUAAGCGCUCCCAACCCUGAUGAUCCUCUAGCAAACGAUGUCGCAGAGCAGUGGAAGUCUAAUGAAGCUCAAGCCAUAGAGACAGCACGAACAUGGACCAGGCUUUAUGCUGGAAACAAUAUCGAAGUCUAGAAAUGUUUGGGGGACAAAAAAGUAAAAAAAAAAAAAAUAAUAAUAAUGGAUGUCACGAGUGAACACAACUCCAUGUUCCAACAGUCUCCACAGUCUUAGGAAACAAAACAUUAUGAUAAAACAAACUGUAAAGAAUAUAUUAACAAAGUAAAAAGAGAACUGCAGACAAUUUGUGAUUUAAAUGCACAUUAGUACAAAAAUGUCUUUGUCCUUAUUCACUGCUGUUCAGAUGCAUGGGCAGAUGAUCUACUCAUACGGCUUUCUUGUACAGUGGUUGGGGAGGCAUCCGCUCACUUCUACUAAGAAGCUUGCAUUAAACUGACCAUCAUUUGUCUGUCCCAUUGUUGUUGUUUGUUUUUUGGGGGGGCUUUUUAUAUUUCUUUUAACUUUUUUUUUUUUUCAUUGCUCUUUGUUAAUGAGGAGCAGCAGACUAGCCCCUGUUUAGAGCACCCUUUCUGUCAAACUACAGACUUACCCUCUUAGAAAUCCUUGCAGAAAUAUAGGUUCACUAAAAUGGAAGACACAAGAUUUAAACAAAAUGCAAACAGUUAUUUCACCAGAGAAAUAGUUCAAAAGUGACAGAAACUGUUAAAAACAUAGACCCUAAUGUGGACUUGAUUUUUUUGGAAUAUGGGCAAGGCAGAGAUAAAGGAGAUUUUGCGUUAUGUUCCUUUUAGUAUAACAAUUUGGUUAAUGUAUCCGGUUUUGGUGUUUUUGUUUUAUCUAUCUUGCCAUCACUGUACUAAUAGCACUCUCAAAACUCCAACAUUGUUUUUUUUGUUUUGUUUUUUCAUUUGUUUUCUUGUGUCUGUCACUGUCCAGUGCAUCAAGAUUCAUUUGUCUGUCUCUUCCCUUAAGCAUUCAUUUCAAAACACCCAAGGUUGAAGGGGGCUGGAGAUGAUAAAUAGUGAUAUUUAGUAAAAGGGUGGGAAUGUUUUCAAAAACAUUGCAAAAGAUCAAUAAAGGAUUUGUCACAAUUUCCAAGAUUGGUCUUUGGUUAAAAAUAUGGGGGGUCAUCAACUCAUUGUUUGUAAAUUUCUGCUUUCUAUAGAAAGAGGAGAAAGAUACUGCUUUUUAACGUGAUGACAACGGUCCACACACAUAUUUCUGUUCUUUCUGUAAAUAAAAUCUGUUGAUUAAUAA